AUGGGCCAAACUAAGAUAAGUCUUAAGGAAUUAGCCAGUAUUAAAAGAAAAUUCACUGAACCUAUAUAUGAUUAUCUGAAUAGGUUCCGUUUGUUGAAAUCUAGAUGCUUUACAGUAGUGCCUGAACAUGAAUUGGUCGAAAUGGCCGCUGGAGGGUUAGACUAUUCCAUUAGGAAAAAGUUAGAUACCCAGUAUCUAAGAGAUAUGGCCCAAUUAGAAGACGGGGUUCGACAAGUCGAACGUUUAAAAGCUGAAAAGGCCAGAGCGAAUAAAAAUCAUAAGAAAGAAAGGGUUGCUUAUGUCGAAGUCGAAGAUGAGGAGUCUGAAAUCUCUAAUGACCCUUAUGGUAUCGAGGAAUUCGAAGUAGAUUUGGCUGAAUUAAAAGAAGCACCACCUUAUGCUUUAAAAGAUGGCCAAAUGAUAGUGCCUCCUAAUACCAAAAUUCCUCCGUUAGAACAAUGGAAGAAAAGAGGCUUCUGUAAAUAUCACAAUUUUUUAGGCCAUAAAACCUCACAAUGCUUUCUUUUCAGGGAUCUUAUUCAGAAUGCAAUUAAGGAUGGCCGCCUCAAGUUCGCUGACAGGGGGAGAAACCAGAUGAAGGUUGACGUUGACCCCCUCAACAUUGCUGAUACAAAUUAUGCUAAACCUGUCAAAAUCAACAUGAUUGACACGGUGGAAGUGGAGGUUGUGAAGGAAAUAUGA